AUGCCAACAACUGUCUUUGUUUACAGACUCAAGGGGAGAGAAAAAGAAAGCAAGUGUCCAACCCCAGGUUGCGAUGGCACAGGCCACGUCACUGGACUCUAUCCUCACCACCGAAGCUUGUCUGGCUGCCCUCACAAAGACCGCGUGCCACCAGAAAUUCUUGCAAUGUAUGAGAAUGUUCUAAAGUGCCCCACGCCUGGCUGCUCAGGACGCGGCCAUGUAAAUAGCAACAGGAACUCCCACCGCAGUCUCUCGGGAUGUCCCAUAGCCGCCGCUGAGAAGAUGGCAAAGGUUCAGGAGAAACAUCACCCCUGCGACAACUCCAAAUCUAACCAGGCGUCAGACCGUGUCCUGAGACCCAUGUGCUUCGUAAAACAGCUGGAGAUCCCACAGUAUGGGUACAAAAAUAAUGUCCCAACCAGUACUCCACGAUCCAACCUGGCCAAGGAGCUAGAGAAGUACUCCAAAGCCAGUUUCGACUACAGCAGCAGUUAUGACAACCAGCCUCAUGCCUAUGGCAAGAGGUCCCUCACCCCGAAGCACCACGGGCGAGACACCUCACCCAAAGGAUAUGAUGCCAAGCGCUAUUGUAAGACCUCGAGCCCGGCCAGCAGCACCACAAGCAGCUACGCUCCCAGCAGCAGCAGCAGUCUCAGCUGUGGAGGAGGAGGAGGGGGUGGAGGAGGAGGGGGAGGAGGAAGCAGCGCCAGCAGCACCUGCAGCAAGAGCAGCUUCGACUACACGCACGACAUGGAAGCCGCCCACAUGGCCGCCACCGCCAUCCUCAACCUGUCCACGCGCUGCAGAGAGAUGCCCCAGAGCCUCACCGGGAAAGGCCCAGAACUCCUGGCACAGAGCCCUGAUGACAGAGAUGGGGAUGAGAACGGAACCCUGGAUCUGAGCCGGGUUGGAGGGAUGGGGGAGGGCAGUGGAGGCACAGUGCUGACCCCCCUGCAGCCCAUGUCGCCCCAGCGGCAGGCCCUGCUCAACAGCCACUGCUACCAGAUGAGCACUGCAGACUGCUGGGACCUGCCUGUGGACUACACCAAGAUCAAACGCCUGGACGAGGACCACAAGGAGGAUGACCUGGACCCGUUUCAGGAUCUAUUGGAAGAGCAGCAGUAUUCAGGAGACGUGCCUCUCCCCAGUCCCAAACACAAAUAUGCUCCCUGCAAAGAGAGCAAGAAGGAGCUCCUCACGCUAUCAAGCUGCCAACUGGCUGACAAGGGCAUGCGUGGUAUGAUGACAUCUAACUCCCAGGAUCUGAAGUGUCCCACUCCUGGCUGUGAUGGCUCUGGGCAUAUCACAGGCAACUACGCCUCACACAGAAGUCUGUCAGGUUGUCCCCGGGCAAAGAAGAGUGGUAUUAAAAUAAUGCACAGUAAGGAGGACAAGGAUGACCAGGAGCCAAUCAGGUGUCCUGUGCCAGGCUGUGAUGGCCAGGGUCAUGUGACAGGGAAGUAUGCAUCCCACCGCAGUGCAUCCGGCUGCCCGCUGGCCGCCAAGCGUCAGAAAGAUGGUUAUGUGAACGGAGCGCCUUUCUCCUGGAAGUCUGGCAAGACAGACGGCAUGACCUGCCCCACCCCAGGCUGCGAUGGCUCAGGCCACGUCAGUGGCAGCUUUCUCACCCACCGGAGUCUGUCCGGUUGUCCCCGUGCCACAUCUGCUAUGAAGAAGGCAAGGAUGACCGGGGUUGAAAUGCUAACAAUCAAGCAGAGAGCAAGUAAAGGCAUAGAAAAUGAUGAGGAGAUUAAACAACUGGAUGAGGAAAUCAAAGACCUGAACGAAUCGAACAAUCAAGUAGAGUCAGACAUGAUCAAAUUAAGGACUCAAAUCACCACCAUGGAGACUAACCUGAAGUCCAUCGAGGAGGAAAACAAGGCCAUUGAGCAGCAGAACGACUCGCUGCUGCACGAGCUCGCCAACCUCAGCCAGUCCCUCAUCAACAGUCUUGCCAACAUCCAGCUUCCCCACAUGGAGCCGAUGAACGAGCAAAACUUUGACACUUAUGUGAGCACUUUGACAGAUAUGUACACCCACCAGGACCAGUACCAGAGCCCGGAGAACAAGGCCCUCUUGGAGAACAUAAAGCAAGCGGUUCAAGGCAUCCAAGUGUAGCUUUGUGACUGGCUUUUAUUGGCCGAGUAAUGGGGUCAUGUGAUCAGAGCGUUAAGAAACAAAAGAAACCCAUCAUGUAAAAAGUAUGGAUAACUAGUAUGAUUUUUUUUUUGCUGCUGUAAUUUAUUGUAUUAUUUGGUAUUAUUUAUGAUUCUGUUAUGCUUUUGACAAAAAAAAAAAUACAUAACUUAUUUGUUGCCUUGCUUUAAGAUGACGACUACCAAUGGCAAAUGUUUUGAGGAACAUUCAUGUUUUGUACAUUUUUCAUAUGACCUGACAUAAUGUGAUGUACUGUUUAUAGCUGCUAAUGUAUGCACAUUUUAGUGUAUAUGUAUUUAUUAAUUGUAAACAAAAACCAUCCAUUAUUUUAAAUCUAAAGAGGUGCAGAGGGGAUGCAUUUAGGGAAUGUAAGGGCAAUCAGCUUCAAACUUGAGCUUCUCUUUAUGGAGCUAAUGGGAACUAAUGUGCUGUGCAGGCUGUUCAAUGGGUGUACAGAGGUACAUUUCUGUGGUUCGAUUUUGGGUACAUUUUGUAAAAAUAUUGAGAAACGUUGUCUUUUGGUUCCAAAAUCAUAUUUAUAGUGGUCAGUGUGGGCACUCUAAUACAGUAUGUGUAUUGUUUUUAUUUUUGCUUGUUAGUUUUUUCUUCUUCUUUUUUUUUCUCUCGUUUUAAUUCCCGAAACAGAUGGAAAAUUUGAAAAAAAAAAAAAGAUUUGUGAAUGCAAACAUCAUGACACGGAAACUCACUGGUGUAAAUCCCAAGAAGUAUUUUCAAAGUCCAUUCUCUAAAUGUAACGCCCGGCUGGUUGAGGCCAAUAUCUACAGAAAAUUUCAAGGAGACAAUCCAACAUUAAUUCUUAAUUUAAUGAUCGUAAAAUGUUAGUGGUAGUAUGAUAGAAUAUCAGCAAUAUAUGAUAACGAAUCAAUCAUUUAUUUAGAUAUGGGAUGCAAAAGUUUGGGUAUAUGCAAUUUCUUAUUCUUACCAUAGUAGAAAGCUGAUGAAUCUUUUUACUAAAUGUAAAGUAUUAAGUUUUAUAUAAAUCUUUUAAUACAGUCAUGUUUUAGCGUUUAAACAUGGGUGAUCAAGUCCAAAAGGAUGAAUGCAUUAUGGUUUCACAUUUCUCAUGUUCGAUUUUGCACAGGGACACCUUUGUUUCCAUGUUUUGGUGUUUUUAUUUGUUUCAGGAGACCAAGGAGGUGCCCAGACGUUUGAAUUGUGGGAAGUUUUCUUUUCUUUUGAAGGAAGUAAAUCUGUGUGUGAAUGUUAGUUUAUCAGUGUGCUGGAUAUACAGGGUUAAUGUCACCAUCCAUACAUAGUAAUGGAGCACUUGUCUUGUAGAUUUCGUCCAAACAAUCAUGUAAAGAUUCAUCUGGUCACGAGUGCACAACAAAUAUGACUAUAUCAGCAAUGCAAGCUCAUCAUAUUACAAUUAGUGAACUCCGAUCAGUUAUAUACAGUAUUAAGAGAGGUCAGCUUGCCUUCUGUGGUAACCUGCGAUUCACUUUCAUCGCUUAUUUUUUACGUUUCUGAGAAAUCAGCGGCACUUUAAGCUCUAAGAAUUAUGGAAAUUGAAGCAGGAAGCAUUUUUGAUAAUUAAACGAUGAAACGGCGUGGCACGGGUCAAGAUUACAGUUGCGCGUGGGCAGUUUCAGUCGUUCAGAGGGUGGUUUACUGACAUGACCAGUUCAUAUUACUCCAUUAUAUCUUAAGGAUAUGUACAGUUAUAGUCUGGAAUCCCCCCUUUCGUCUUUAUUUAGUCAAAGCCCAUUCAAAGCAUCAAGCAAAUUCACAAAUAGGGCUGAUUUUCAGUGGUGGAUUUUAAAGUUGUUUGUAUUUAUCGAGCAUGAGUCGAAACUGUCACAGUGAUUUUUAGUGUGAAAUGACUCUGGUUGUUGCUGAUGCUCUAUGUGGGGCUUUGUUCCAGAAAUCUAUGAUUUUGUAUUAUUAUUACGACUAGCAUUAUGUUUUCCAAGAGCUCAUGCAAAUGGUGCUAGUCACUCUUAUUUAUCGUUCUGUAAUAUCCAGACAUCUCUUCCCCAACCACAGCACAUUUCUCUCUCUGAAAGCUUUGUGUAUGCGGCUUAUUUCCAAGAUAGUAAUGCUUUUAACACACUGAUAGCAAAAUACAAUAUCCUCUCAUUCACUCCCAUAACUGAUUUGACAGGAAAAGGGAUUUUAAGCACAAUUCCGCUGCUCAUUUUCAGUUGGCACAUAUUGUACUAUCUACUUCAAAAGGUUAUCUGUGACUAUUUAAAUACAAACUCUAUCUAUGGUGUCACAUGCUUGAAUGCAGAAUACUUUUCUUAUUAAUAAUUGUGAAAUCAUCAGGUUACGAGUUUCCAUUUCAAAUGGAUUUUAAUUAACCAUUUUAAACCAGGAUUUUUCUAUAAAAAAAAGAAAGAAAGAAGCAUAGCUUUCUUAAUGUCUCUUGCUCUCUUCCUCUAUCCAGCUCUUUAGCUAUCGUUUUCUCUCUGUUUUAUUUUUCAACCACAUGGCAUGAUUUCUGUUGGUAUGAUACUUAUUUUGCUCUAAGUGUUUAAGAUCACAAGUUGCAGUGAUAUUUCAUUUUGAAAUUGUGAAAUUUGUACAAUUUUUAUCAUGCUGGUGUUGACAUCUCUUACUCAAUAAAACUUGUGUUGCCACA